AUGGCACCCAUUGGAGACCCAGCGCAGACAUCAGGCGGCAUCCCCGUACCGGAUGCCGUCCCCACCGUCGCGUACAAUGCCGUGACCGUCCCCGUUGACGGCCGGCUCGUGGCCCUCAACGUGCGCGUCACGGCGCCUGUUCACGGGGACGGCCUGCCCAUCCUCAUCCUGUCGCACGGUCACGGACCGUCGACCUUCGUCUGCUCGUCGUACGGGUACGCGCCGCUCGUGGAUUUCUGGGCCGCGCACGGAUUCGCCGUCCUCCAGCCGGUCCACAAUGACGCGACGUAUCUCGGCCUCCGGGACAGUGGAGACGCGGAUGCGCCGCUGUUCCUUGCCGGACGCGCUGACGAUGUGCGCACUGUCAUCGACAACCUCUCACUCAUCGAGUCCACUGCCAACCUGGCCGGAAGGCUCGACCACAGCCGUAUCGCCGCCGUCGGCCACUCAGCAGGCGGCCACACCAUCGGCCUCCUGUCAGGAAUGACGGGAAACGUCCAGCCCAGCGCUACCAUUGAGAAACGCAUCGGGGCCCGUGUCAUGAUCGGUGCACCAGGGAGUGGGCCGGGCAUGAACGGUCCAGCCGCCAAGCUCUACCCAAGCAUCGCAGGAACAAACUUUGAGUCCAUGGCCCCCGAGACCCUCGUUGUCACUGGCGACAACGACCACCACGCCUUCUUCUCAGACUGCAAGACGUGGCGCCGCGAGGCGUUCGACCACGCCCCGGGGCCCAAGACGCUCUUCUACAUGGUCGACGCAGGGCACUCGUUUGGCGGCAUCGCUGGCUUCGACGCCAAGGAGACUACGGACGAGAACCCGGAGCGCGUCGCUGUCCUCCGCGCGUCCAUCUGGGCAUACCUCCGCAGCCAGCUGUACAAGGGUGACGCGUCCUGGGACAACGCCAUCGCGGCUCUUGCCAAGCAGACUCCAACCAUCGCCCGGGUUGAGACCAAAUGA